AUGAAUUAAUAGUUGGGAUCUUAUGUUAAAUUUUUCCAUAUUAUCCGAGAAUUAGGAGACAGCAACCAAAUAGAUGUUAAACAGAAACAAAUCCUUAAAGUCAAUUUUACAACCAAAGAAAAAAAAUUGAUGAAUAUACUCAAUGAUCUAAAUGAUGAAGAUGAAGAAGAAAUCAAAUAUAGUCUCAUGAAUUAUCUAAAUGAGGUGCCUAAAGAGAAGUAUGAGAUACAGAGACAAAUGAAGAGAACUAGAUCUAGCAUUACUGAUGUCGAUCUUAUAAAGGGUGUACAAUAUGAUGAACUCAAAUUUACAGACACAGUGGCAGACAUGGAGAAAGCCUUAAAGCUAAUCACUCAUUUUAAUAAUAAACUAAAAGAUGGGUAAACUAUCGAUCCCAAAGUCAAUGAAAUUUUCGAAAACAUUCGCACUCUUUUCACCCAGACCUCACCCUAUAAUAUACAAUCUCCAGGUCUUCUAGGAAGAGGCCAAUCGCUCAAUUCAGACAUUAACUACUAAAUUGAAUGCGAACUAAGCUAAGCAUAUAAGGAAGUUAAAUGCUAAUUUGCUAAUUAUAUGAAGAGCCAUCUGCUACUUAUGGAUGAAACUGUGUCUUAUAAUACUAUUUUCAGUUUACUUAAGGAAUUAAGCAAGAAUCUCUUGAAUUGCGAUAAUUUUAGUUUCUUUGUCAUCAAUUCAAAUACUGAAAUGGAACUCUAUCAAUCCAAAACUGAUAAUAUGGAGUAAGUACCCAUGGAUUAAUCUAUUUAAGAUGAAUUGGAAACAUUCCCAGAAAACAAGGUAUUUAGGUUCUCUAAGAAUUCUUCUUUUUGUUCCAAAUUAAUGUCAAUCAACUAUCUGUCCUCUUAUGGUUUAUAUACUAAUAAUGUUGUGUUCAUCUAUCAUUCAAAAUAGAAUAAAUAACUUGAAACUUAAGAUAUUUUAAAAAUUGCAAAUGAAUACUAAUUAAUUGAUGAAAUCAAGAAUCUAUCCAUGUUCCUAUUACAAACCAUUUAAAAUGCUAAAGUUUAAUUCUUUAGUCCAUUGUCUAUUGCUGACAUGAUCCUGGAUCUUGGAAUCUCAUUCGUCAGAGCUUCUAAGUUUGUUCUCAUCGAAAAAAUGUACAAUAUCAUCAGCCAAAUCUAUAAAAUUGAUAAGUAAUCAUAAUUUAAUGAUAGAUUAUAAACAGAUCAAUAAGAAAUUUAAGUUUGGGAUACUGAGAGUGUCUACAUAGUAUUUAAAGAUUAAACAGUCACUGUAUGCUUUAGAAUCUAUUAAAUGAAUCUUUUAAAGCAGAGUGAUCAAAGGUUGUAUUCUGAAAUCAAGCAUUUCUAUGAGAAGUACCUUCGAUUUAUUCGUGAAUGCUUUGAUAAGAGUGCAUUCUAUAAAUUCUUUCUAAGAUCAAACGACUCUCUCAUUUUUGAAUUCGACAAAAGUGGUCACCUCUUGUUCCUCUCCAGACCAAUCCCCAAAUAAAUCAAAUCCAAUUUCAACAUCCAAUUCAACUCACUUCUAAUUCACUCCAAUCAAUUAUCCUAUAAUAAGAUAUUUGAUCAAAAUGUUGUUUCCAAUAUUGAAAACUAUCUGCAAGAUCAUAAAUGGAAAAUGAUGAAAGACAAUGAGAAAUAGUAUGAAAUAUUCCUCAAAAUUGAAGAGAAAACAUACAAAGGAUUUGCAGUCAUCUUCACUGAAAAUAUCAAAGGAUGGGUCAAAGAACAAUUCAAAUAACUAGAAUCUGGCAAUAAAUUGGAUUCCAAAAUUAAAGCCAAAAUUAGAAAAUAACUCAUUCAACAUGAAACCAUCAAUUUUGUUAAUAAAUUAGAAGAGAACAAUCCAGAAGUCAAAGAUUCAGUUGCUUCUUUAUAUAUGCCUUUAUAGCAGUUGAUUCUAAAACGAUCAAGAUCAAUAAGGGACUUGUAAAAUGCUCAAAAUGAACAAAAAUUGAAAAAGACAGAAAUGCCACAAAAAUCGAAAUUUCUAACUAUUUAAGAAUGGGACUUAAAUGAGUUUUGUUUAGAGAAUUAAGAUGAUCUAAUUGACUCAUUUGACUUUAACAUUAUGGACUUAACUUCACAAAUACAAAAACAUAGGGUUGUAUGGGUAAUCCUAAAAAAGAAUGGACAUUUAGAUGAUUUCCAAAUACCCUCUGAAAAUCUACAAAGCUUUAUUAAAGAAAUGGAAUAUAAUUAUAAUGUCAACAAUAAUCCGUAUCACAAUUAUGAUCAUGGUAUAACUGUUAUGCAAACUGCUCAUUAUUUCUGCUCUGAAUUGGCUCAAACAUCGAAAUCCAAAAUUAUAGAUAAUUUUAAUAGGUUCAUAUUGAUGAUUAGUAGUUUUGGUCAUGAUGUUGGACACACUGGCAAAACUAAUGUUUUUGAAAUCAAUAGUUUGAGUGAUCUAGCUAUCAGAUAUCAUGACAAAAGUGUACUUGAACAACAUCAUGCUGCAUUGACUAUUCAGGUUCUAAAAAAUCCAUAAAGUAACAUCCUUGUCAACCUCAAUUAAUAAGAAUUCAGAAAUUUCAGAAAAGGACUCAUUGCCAAUAUCCUAAGUACAGAUAUGUCUGAACAUUUCACUUUGUUAAAAGACUUUGAAAAUAGACCAACAGAUUUCAAUGAUUGUAAAAUUUUAAGUGGUUACAUUAUGCAUACGAGUGAUUUUGGAGGGGCAGGAAAAAAAACUAAUUUAUCAAUUAAAUGGUCUUCAAGAGUUAAUCAAGAAUUUAGUAUUUAAUACAAGUUAGAGGGUGAAUUGGGAUAUCCAUAAUAACCUUACAUGAAGGAUUUACAUAUUCCACAUGUCAUGGCAAAAUCAGAAAUAGGGUUCCUUAAGGUCAUUGUCAGACCUUGUUAUGCAUUAUUCAGUGAAUUUUUGGAAGAUAGACUCAAACAUUGCAUGGCCAAUAUUGAUGAUACAAUCUAGCAUUGGGAGAAAAUAGUCAAGAAAGGUGAAGAAUAACAAUAAUGA